AUGAAAUCCUUUGUGUUUUACACUGCCAGUUUAGUGUGUUGCUUGGCACUUGGCGUGCAGGCAGCCUACUUCUAUGAACGUCCCGACGGACCAGAGUUUCUUGAGGAAGAUAUGGGACGGCGUGGCCGCUGUGCGGGACAGUGUUUCUGUGGGACACCGAAUGUAAAUCGUAUCGUUGGUGGCACACAGGUGCGCCAUAAUAAGUAUCCGUGGACGGCGCAAUUGCUUCGAGGGCGUUGGCAUGCGCGCCUUUUCUGUGGCGGUUCACUGAUUAAUGAUCGUUAUGUGCUGACGGCGGCGCAUUGUGUACAAGGCAAUCGCAAUGAGAUAACCGUACGAUUGUUGCAAUUGGAUAGAUCGUCGGGCGAUCCUGGUAUAACUAGAAAGGUCAUACAAACUAUUGUGCAUCCGCAAUAUGACCAAACCAAAAUUAUAAAUGAUAUUGCGCUGCUGAAGUUAGACUCACCAAUUCAGUUUACCAGCAAUAUACGUCCAGUUUGUUUGCCUAAUCUCAAUCAUAAUUUCGACAAUAAAGAUGCCGUUGUCGCCGGCUGGGGUUUGAUUAAGGAAGGUGGUGUCACAUCCAAUUACUUGCAAGAGACUACUGUACCUAUCAUCUCGAACCAGCAGUGUCGUCAAACGCGCUACAAGAACAAAAUUACCGAUGUCAUGCUAUGCGCUGGUCUUGUGCAGACUGGUGGAAAAGAUGCCUGCCAAGGAGAUAGUGGCGGACCGCUGAUUGUGAAUGAGGGCAGAUUUAAGUUGGCAGGUGUGGUCUCAUUUGGUUUCGGUUGUGCUCAAGCGAAUGCGCCUGGAGUUUACACGCGUGUCAGUAAAUUCAUCGACUGGAUUCAAACAAAUACGCGUGAUGGUUGCUAUUGUAGUAGUUGA